AUCGGGCUUUUGGUCUACUCGAGCGGGCUUUUUGACAACUGAGCGCAUCGAGCACGUGCAGAAAAGAAGAAGAAAACGAUUCGUGUUUGCAAACAAAAAAAAUUGGCCUCUUCGUCCUGAUUAAAUGAAAAAGACCGACGGUUCCGGCAGGAUAAUUGCGAAUUUGGAUGGGUUUGAAACGACACAAAGAUGGUACGAGUGAAACAUAGAUACAUUCUGGUCCAAAUCCGGUGUAACGAUCGACCCGAGAGUGACCCGGUCUCCAUUUCAUCCAACGCACUGCAGCGCUACAUCCGCGAGCGAGUGGAACGGUUUUACGGGGAAUUUGGGGCCGCCAGUCUCGGACGGAUGAAUGUGAUCUACUUUAACGCCAAAACGCACCUCUGCAUCAUUCAGUCCCGGCAUGGGGCGCAUCGGUUUAUCACGAGCAUAUUACCUUUGCUAACGUUGGCGGACAAAGAAGCAGCACGCUACCGGACACUGUACGUCGGAGCAACGCUACAGCAGUGCCACAAGUACAUCAUCAAGUAUCAGCAGCGGUACAUCAACAAAACCAUCGGUACCUGCCGGGGAGUGGUGCAGAAGCAGAAGCUCAUCGAGGACGUAACGAAAAUGAAACGCCUUUAGUAGUAAGCAGCGGAUAGGGGAGGAAAAAUCGCUUUUAUUAGUUUAAAAACUAGGACGAAGGGAGCCUAUACAAGGAUAAUAAAUCACUGCAACGAAGCUAGUGAUAUGU